GUGCUGUUGUUUGUGCUGUUGUCGGAAUGGCGGUGGUCAUCCAUUUACAGGGGCUCACAAUCACUGCAGGUUCUGAGGACGUUCGCAAUUUCUUCACUGGCCUCAAAAUCCCAGAUGGUGGGGUGCACAUUAUUGGUGGGGAGAGUGAGGAGGCUUUCAUAAUCUUUGCUUCCGAUGAAGACGCGAGGCGGGCGAUGACCCGUUCGGAGGGAUCCAUCAAAGGUUCUCCGGUUCGCUUACGGCUGAGCAGCAAGUCAGAAAUGGAGGCUGUUCUCAAGCAAAGUAUAAAACCUGAGGUGACCAAAAAGAGGCCGUAUAAGGAAGGUUCCAGAAGACCGGAAAGAGAAGGCAGGAAUGAGGAAUCUAGAAGAAAAGAGCGCGUGGAGAUGGGCAGUAGAUCAGUGUCUUACAGUAACGUACGUAGUCACGCCCGAAAGCCUUCCUCACAGCCAAGCUGUCAAGAUGACUUGUAUUUGUUUUUGCAAGACAUGCCUUUUACUACGACCGAAGAGGAAGUGAGAAAAUUCUUUGACGGAUUAGUGGUGGAGGACAUUAUUAUGAUGAGAAAUGAACGCGGCCAACAAAAUGGGAGAGGAAUUGUCAAGUUCAAAUCCAGACUGGAUGCUAGAGAGGGUCUGAGAAGACAUCGGCAUUACAUGGGAACGAGGUUUGUGAAAAUCUAUGCAAGCUCAGAAAAGCAGUGGGUUAAGGCAGGUGGUGGUACGGAACCUGCUAAAGACAGCAGUGAUAAGUUUAGAAGAGGGCCUUCGUCAGCUCACACUGAGAGGUAUCCUCCAGACCGUGCUAGGUCUUACUCACCAGUGGCCGACAGGUCUACAAAGUCCAAUUCUCCUGCCAAUGAGGAGUUCUGUGUCUUGGUGGAAAACCUUCCCUACUUAGUGGAGAAGAGGGACAUAAAGGAGAUCUUCCGUCAUGCAGACCUCAAGUAUGAUCAGAUCCUUCACCUCCUUGACAAGUAUGGGUCAGAGACAAGGUCUGCAUUCGUGCUGUUCAGAAGCCUGAGGGACUACGGUGCUGCCUUGACUCUUCACAAGCAUAUAUUUCUGAAACGAAUUGUGUACAUCUCUCCUAUCUCGAAGAGAAAAUGGUCGCCAUGCUAGAAUCUGGGGGAAAUC